AUGACAUCGGUUUGCAGUAAUUGGUUUGUGUUCGGGUCCAUCAAAAAAUUAUUUGCAAUUGUUUCACUACGUGCUCACGUCCGUUUAUUAUCGUCGUCAUCAUCAGAUAGUAAUCAGAAACCGUUAUCACAAAAUCAACUCUUCAAUAAGAUCAUCGCCGACGAAUACGAUGGAUUCAUGCAGUUUCAGAAUACUCUCAAAAUUCGGCAGCGGUUCAAGCGAGAUCCAACUACGUGGCCCUCUGAUGAACAACCAUUCGGUUUAACGCAUGCCAAUUUUAUCGGUAAAACUCUACAUGAGAUUGAAUUACGUCCCGAGCGUGCUUUCGCAAAUUACGUACCGAUGCGACCGUUUGCACUCAGACAUUUGGGUCGGAUGUUGAGAGCACGUUUAUUCUAUCGGACGUUUUCAAAAUACGAUAUACUUGAUCAAAGGGCAAUAAUACAAGGUGCUAGGAAGGCAUUUGAGGUCAUCAGCCAAUCUAUUUAUAAGAAUGAAUUGCAAGGUCUGAUUGAUCGAAAUAUUUGCAAUGCGAAAAAGAUUCGUCGAUUCGAGGAAGUGAUGCAUGAGAUGAGCGAUCGACAGAAGCGUCUGCUUGAUCUAUCACAAAACGAUAUUAUUUCUAUUGCGCCGGGUGUUUUAGGACCCUUUCAAAAUAUCCGACAAGUUCUGCUUGAGAACGUUGUACAUUUGACGUAUUCGAUUCUGUGUUGUGCAUUCUAUCGCAAGGAGAUACUCUUCGAUGCAGUGGAUAAGUUACCAAUACUAGAACCAGCGCAGCUAAAAGAGGAUACAUUUUUACCAAUACCAUCGAAUUAUGGAUAUGCAGCGCCACGUCUCGUUUUUGCUUACAUGGAUUUUUCGCACGUGCUGGAUAUGAACAAUCGGAAAGUGGAUCCGAUUGUGAAUCUAUUCGAUUUCCAGUUUCUUGUUAUGUGA